AUGUAUGACUUAACAAUUGACAGUGCUCGAGUAAUAAGACUCGCUGUUGAAUGCUCUUGGAAAGAACCUAUGGCGACUUUGCUCAGAGAAAUAGGAGUGAACCCUCGACCGCAUACUCGUCAGCUUCUCGAGACUGUUGCUGCUAAUUUGAGGGCUGAGAAGAACACUGUGGCUGCUUCCCGAGAGAAACAGAGGCAGUCAUUUUGGGAUGUCUUCUUUGGGACUCCUGAGUCACCAGCUAUUCGUGAAAAAUGUGAUGUGAUUGCUAGCAUAGAGAGCUUAUUAAUCGAUGCUGAUGCUAAUAUGGGUACACAUUUCGUUGCGCAAACAACUAUUCCGUCGGAUUUAAGUCACGGAAGCUCAUCCUCCGUCAAUCACACACCUGUGUUGUCAGAGACUCCCAAAAGGCCUCCAAAACAUCAAGCUCCGGAUCAUGUGAAGGAUCCUAUAACAGGUUUAAUGUAUCUUACAGAGCUCGGUCGGCGUCAAGUAUGGAGCGGCGAAAGGCAAGUGUUUGUAAAUUCUCCACGUCUCAUUGAUUUUAGAUUUAUUCCCUAUAUCAGGCGGCCAUAUGAAUUUCCUCCAUUAGUUUUUCUACUGGCAAAAGUGAAUGAGUAUUUGAAUCGGACCCCUGUUGUGAAAGCAAUAGCUGACGAGUACUCAAAAGACUCUGUUCUUGGCGCAAUUGCUCGUACAGUCAUGGAUCCUCCUUGUCCGAAUCCAACGAGCCCAAUUUCGUCGCCAGUCUUUUCAAAAACACUUAAGGUUACCCCUCCGGUGCUGCGAAUUCGGGUUCUUGCAAAUUAUGGAGUUCUCCUCAGCAUGUUCAUCAUCUUCUUGUUCGCUCGAUAUGGAAUUUGGGCACUUAUUCCAGUGUUGUUAGUAUCGUUUAUAUGCGCAAUAUUUUGUCUCGCAGCGGAAGAUCUCUGA